UCGGGGCCCUCCCUCCCCGCCACCACCGUCCGCGCUCGGCCGGCCGCGGGGAAGGAAGAAAGGAGCAAAGGAGGCGGAGGCAUGGAUCCGCAGCCUCCUCCACCAGCCCAGGGCAGCCCACCUCACCGGGGCCGGGGCCGGGGCCGUGGCCGAGGCCGUGGUAGAGGCCGAGGCCGUGGCAGGGGGGGAGCUGGAGCUCCUCGGGCGCCCCUGCCCUGCCCCACCUGUGGCCGCCUCUUCCGCUUCCCCUACUACCUCUCCCGGCACCGGCUGAGCCACUCGGGCCUGCGGCCCCACGCCUGCCCCCUGUGCCCCAAGGCCUUCCGCCGGCCUGCCCACCUCUCGCGCCACCUGCGUGGCCACGGGCCGCAGCCCCCGCUGCGCUGCGCCGCCUGCCCCCGCACCUUCCCUGAGCCUGCCCAGCUCAGGCGCCACCUGGCCCAGGAGCACGCGGGCGGCGGGGUCGAGCUGGCCAUCGAGAGGGCAGCCAAGGAGGCGGCCGGGUCCGGCUGGAGCCCGCAGGACAAGGGCGCCGAGCAGCCCACCUCUGCAGCAGCGGGCGCCGCGGAGCACGAGGAGGAGGCGGCGGCGGCGGCGGCGGCGCGGCCCGAGACGUGGUCCGCGGGGGAGCCGGCCACGCUGGUGGCCGCCACGAGCGCGGAGCCCCGCGAGUCGGAGGAGGAGGAGGCCGAGGCCGGGGCGGCGGAGCUGAGGGCCGAGCUGGCGCUGGCGGCCGGACGGCAGGAGGAGAAGCAGGUCCUGCUCCAGGCCGACUGGACGCUGCUGUGCCUCCGCUGCCGUGAAGCUUUCGCCACCAAGGGCGAGCUCAAAGCGCACCCGUGCCUGCGCCCCGAGGGCGAACAGGAGGGCGAAGGGGGGCCCCCACCCCGCCCCAAGCGCCACCAGUGCUCCAUCUGCCUCAAGGCCUUCGCCAGGCCCUGGUCGCUGUCCCGCCACCGGCUGGUCCACUCCACCGACCGCCCCUUCGUGUGCACGGACUGCGGCCUGGCCUUCCGCCUCGCCUCCUACCUCCGCCAGCACCGCCGCGUCCACGGCGCGCUCAGCCUCCUGGCCCCGCUGCCCGCGGCGGGCAAGAAGGACGACAAGGUGUCGGGCGGACGGACCUCAGGGAAGGGGCCCGAGGGGGGCGAAGGGGCAGAGCGCGGGGGCGCCUCGGAGGGUGGAGAAGGCGGGCAGAACGGAGGGGACGCCGCCCCGGCCCGGCCCCCCGCCGGGGAGCCCCGGUUCUGGUGCCCCGAGUGCGGCAAAGGCUUCCGGCGCCGUGCGCACUUGAGGCAGCACGGGGUGACCCACUCCGGGGCGCGGCCCUUCCAGUGCGUGCGCUGCCAGCGGGAGUUCAAGCGGCUGGCCGACCUGGCCCGCCACGCGCAGGUCCACGCGGGCGGCCCGGCCCCGCACCCGUGCCCGCACUGCUCGCGGCGCUUCUCGCGCGCCUACAGCCUCCUGCGCCACCAACGCUGCCACCGCGCCGAGCUGGAGAGGGCCGCCGCCGCGCAGCAGGCGCUCCAGGCCCAGGCCCCGCCGUCGCCCCCGCCGCCCCCGCCGCCCCCCGCCGGCCAGGAGGAGGAAGGGCUCUCGCUGCCCGUUGCACGCAUCAAGGAGGAGCCGCCCUCCCCGGGGACCCCACCUCAGCCGCCGCCGGCAACCCCCGUCUUCCUCAGCGCCUCCUGUUUUGACAGCCAGGACCACUCAGCCUUCGAGAUGGAGGAAGAAGAGCUUGACAGCAAGGCUCACCUGCGCGGAUUGGGGGGCCUGGCCUCCUGACCCGCACACCCGUCCUCAGCCCGUCCGUCUGGCGCGCCCCGGUUUGCAAUAUGGAGGAGGGAAGUUGAAGGAGAGGAGCCUCCUCUGUGUACCCACCCCUCCCCUUCCAGCCCUCGACACUAAGGAGGGAGGAGGCUGGGCCGCCCCCCCUCCCCAUCGCCCACCCACAGACUCCCCUGACGCUGGUUAGAGACUGCUCACCCCACUUCUCAAGGCAGGACGCUCAUUC